AUGAUUCACUAUCAACAUGCCAAGCUACUUUCAGCACAACUGUCUCUGUCAGAUUCGACCAAGAGCACCAUGAGUACAAAGGCAUGCAACACAACAAAACGAUCAAACAAGAGAAGGAGAGUUUCCUUUAACCGCGACGUUCUAGUCUGUGAGGACGACAGCUAUUCCCAAGAAGAGCGAAACCAAAUGCACUACACAAGAGAUGAAAUGCGAUCCUUCGCUGGAGCGAUCCUACAAUACAUCGAGAGUAUUCGCUGCGUUGAGAGUCAAUCGUCUAUAACAGACUCCUCCUCGCCUUUCACGGCCACAGGCCUAGAAGGAUUCCUUCACCCUGAGCACAAGAAGAAGCACCGACUCCAAGGUGUCUUGUCGGUUCUAAUGGAACAAGAGAGACAAUACAAGGAACAGGGUCUCUUCACUCCAGUCGAUUUCGAUUCCAUGUCUCACUCGUACCACAUGGCAUCGCAAGAGAGUCAAGAAGAAGCUCACCAAAGAGCAUUGACACAGCACACGGUGGUAAGCAUGGCUGCCUAA